AUGCCCACUAGUAUGUUUCUUUUCGAGGAAAAUAAGUCAAUACAAUUACACUCAAUGUUUGUUUAUAUACGUGCACAUGGUAUCUGUAGUGUAUUUGACAGUAGUAGUGGUGAAAACUAUGAACGAACUACUACUACUACUACUAAUAAUAAUAAUAAUAAUAGUAAUAUUAAUAAUGUAGCUAGAAUUAUUCUUUAUCAUAUCAGAUAA